CGGACGUUGCCGAGAAACCGAGUAAACACCAGAGUCCGGCGGGCCUCCCUCUGUGCUGCGGGAGGUGGUGGCUCCGGCAGCCGGAGAGGGGGGUUUUCCUCUGCCGAGAUGGCCUCCAAAAGGAGAACUUUGAGCUUCCACGAAAGGCAUCAAAAAUUAGUAGAUGAAAACUACUGCCCAAAAUUGCAUGUAGACGCAUUAAAAGAGGUAGAGCAUCACAUCAGAGACCGAAUGGGGCAAAGUGAAAGUGAUGACCGUGUGGAACGCAAGAGGUUCCUCAGAUUACUACAGAAUGAACAGUUUGAGUUGGAUAUGGAAGAGGCCAUUCAAAAGGCAGAAGAAAACAAAAGAUUGAGGAAACUCCAACUUGAACAAGAAGAAAAAUUGGCUACAGAAUUGGCAAAACUUAAACAUGAAAGUCUAAAGGAUGAAAAGAUGAGGCAACAAGUAAGGGAAAACAGUAUUGAGCUCAGAGAAUUGGAGAAGAAAUUAAAAGCAGCUUACAUGAAUAAAGAAAGGGCAGCUCAGAUUGCAGAGAAGGAUGCCAUUAAAUAUGAGCAAAUGAAACGUGAUGCUGAAAUAGCCAAAACCAUGAUGGAAGAACAUGAGAGAAUAGUAAAGGAAGAGAAUGCUGCAGAGGACAAACGAAAUAAAGUAAAAGCACAGUAUUAUCUUGACUUAGAGAAACAACUUGAAGAACAAGAAAAAAAAAAGCAGGAAACUUAUGAACAAUUGUUGAAGGAGAAACUCAUGAUUGAUGAAAUUGUUAGGAAAAUCUAUGAAGAAGAUCAGUUGGAGCAACAACAAAAAUUAGAAAAAAUGAAUGCAACUCGAAGGUAUAUUGAAGAGUUCCAGAAAGAGCAGGCUCUUUGGAGAAAAAAGAAACGUGAGGAGAUGGAAGAAGAAAACAGAAAAAUCAUAGCGUUUGCCAGCAUGCAGCAACAAAGAGAAGAAGAUCGGAUGGCAAAAGUUCAAGAAAGUGAAGAAAAAAGGCUACAGCUUCAGAAUACACUGACUAAGAAAUUGGAGGAAAUGCUGCAGCAACGUGAAGAUUUGGAACAAAUGCGACAAGAAUUAUACCAGGAAGAACAAGCUGAAAUACAUAAGACAAAAUUAAAAGAGGAAGCAGAAGAGAAAUUGAGAAAGCAAAAGGAGUUGAAACAAAAUUUUAUAGAACAGAUGGCCUUGAAGGAACUGGUACUACAGGCUGCAAAAGAGGAAGAGGAGAUCUUUAGAAAAGCUAUGCUAGCUAAACUUGCUGAGGAUGAUCGCAUAGAAUUAAUGAAUGCUCAGAAACAACGAAUGAAGCAACUAGAACACAGGAGGGCUGUGGAAAAACUUAUUGAGCAGCGUCGCAACCAGUUCCUUGCAGACAAACAACAUGAACUGGAAGAAUGGCAGUUGCAGCAAAGACGACAAGGAUAUAUUAAUGCAAUUAUUGAAGAAGAAAGACUAAAACUUCUCCAAGAACAUGCUACAAAAUUACUAGGCUAUCUUCCUAAAGGAGUAUUUAAAAAAGAAGAUGAUAUUGAUAUGCUUGGUGAAGAGUUUAGAAAAGCAUAUCAGAAAAGGCAUGAAAUUUGUGAAGAGAAAUAGUAUCAAGAUUUGGUAAAACCUGGAUUUUUUUUUAUUACCACUAGAUGUCAGUGUAACCUUUGUUUUAUAGUUAAGUGAUAGCAAUCCAUUGUCUGGAUUUUCUGAAGUACCUCUGUAUUUCAUCAUUUGUAAACAAUUAUCUAUAAGAAAAUGUUUUCUGAUAAAGCAAUUCAUUUUGCAGUUAAAUAUUCAGAAUUAAAAAAAAUUUUUUUAAUCAAACCGUUGUUUUGUACUGAUAAUUU